GUACGAGUAGGUCAGAGCGUCAACCACAGCGAGAGUCAGCGUUUGCUAUAGUUCAUCCGAACCUCUGAUUACCACAAACAAACCACAUAUUUCUUUCGUAAUCGGUCACACGCGGUAUAACGGGACGAUCAUUUAUUAAACUUCCGCGAUACGGAAGUCAGAAGUGCUGAAGAAGAAUCACUCCUCCGAUACAUGAAAGGAAUCAGGGAAAAGAAAGAAAGAAAUGAAGAGAACCUCUUUCGUAGAAAACAAAAAUUUUGACAUUGUUACCUGCAAUUGGAUUUCAACUUUAUUGUGCUACCUUAAAUCAACCUCUAAAGCUCUGUCCACACUCGUCUACCAUUGUUCGUGCUGUCAACUAUUCGUAUGUACAUGAGCGUGAAAGAUUACGUAAACUGGUGCCAAGUCUCAUCCCGUAUGUGUUUCGACGCGGAGUUUAUAGGAAAUGAGACUCACCCUGUACAUUGACUGCUUGCGGUUCAAAGCGAAACGACGUCGUGAUGUUGAUCCAAUGUCAAUAACUGAAUGACUCGAAAGCUUCGCCACAUGGAUAUCAACGUGGAGAUCACGUCGAUGAGUUCUAGUCUUUAUAUUUUAAGUAUAUCGAUAAUGUGCCAAGUGUCUUAAAACGCGUACGAUAGAAUAACUUCAAUAUUCGUUAUUGAUGCUUUACAUUGAUAUAGCUGAAACGUAUGUACGCGCUCGUUGGUUAUGCUGUUGUGUGUAAAUAAUAAUAAUAUUUGCUCGUUUUGAUCGUCGAGAGACGGUGAGAGUCAUUGUUGGUUCGGUGUAGUUUGUAUAGAGGGUUCAUAUUUCGUAGAUUGUGAUUGUUGCUGUUAUAAAUUUUGUGAAUGAUAUUGAACUGUUGAUUCAGUGAGUUAUAUAUAUCGCGCUAUUAACGUUUAAUGUACGCAAAGUUUCCGCAGGCCUACAUGCAUAUGAUUAUUUAACGUUGCAUAAGCAGUUUAACGAGUGUGCUGCGCGAUUUGUUCGUUAUUAUUGGGUUGUAUAUACGAGAUUGAUAAGAGUUAUAUCGUACGAACGAAGAGGAUUUACCGUGCUUCCGGAAUCACGAAUUUUUCAUGUGAAUCAAGUAAACGAAUUAUUCUACAGGGUUGUGUCGACUUUUCGCUGUAAAUACGAUUUUAUGAGAUUCUGCGAAACUGUUGGAAGUUAGUGCUUUUGCUAAUGUCGUUAAAGAAUAUCUGGGAAAAUAACGAUACUUGGUCGACAACAGUCUUCGAGUACAAGAAGUUUCAAGUUUGUUCGUAAAAGUAGAAGAAUACGACACUCAGUGCUAUUUCGUGUUGUAAUUCGAAUAUUAAGAAAAUUGAAAGUGUUCGAAGUUACGGGCGGCGACUUCUUUUCUAUCGUAUUUCUUUCUUAGCGAUCAAAAACGAACAAGUGAUUUUCAACUUGUUCGAAAGUGGGUCGUGUGACGAUUUGCAAAAAACGAGACCUGGGAAACAUUGGUGCAAGAGUAAAGAUAAAAUGGGAUCCCUGAGAUCGUGUAAGUACACCAUGAGGAUGCCCUAAGAAGUAAUCAAUGAAAUUCGAGGAUCCAGUGUGGAUACGAAGAAACGUGUAGAAGAUUUUCUGGCACGAGUUCAGCAAUUACUGGAUGCUAAUCUAUAAGUGCAACGUUGCAGUAAUCGAUUAGGACGAUCGUAAAUUUCAUAUAAAUAAAAAGUUAAAAAUUUUAAACUUCCUUGAUAAAUCAGCUUUUUGUUAUUAAAAUUAAUAUUCAGACAAGAGUUAAUAAAGACAGGUCGCGAUAAUUUCUGUGAUUCAAAAUGGAGGUCGCAGCAUCGGCUAUGUUGGACGGAUUGAAAAACAAUCGAAUCAGCAAGUUGGCACUAUCGCGCUUCCUCUCGCAAAGCCUAGCACAAUUGGAAACGACAGGCAGUCCUGGCAGCAAAUCACCAGCAGGUGGUAGCGGUGGUCCUGGGGGCGGCGGAGGUGGCGGCGGUGGUGGCGGCGGUGCCGGAGAACCUCGCACGCCUACAGCAGGUCCACAGAACAAGCAACUUCAAAAUGUUAAGGGUGAUCAUCCCUCAAAAGCAUUUUUGCAGAGCAGAUCCAUUUCGUUGGUCGACAUGUACAUCGACAAUACAGAACCCAGUGAAAAUGUUGGACAAAUUCAUUUCAGUUUGGAAUAUGAUUUUCAAAAUACCACACUCAUUCUACGCAUACUACAGGGAAAGGAUCUACCAGCGAAGGAUCUAUCAGGCACUUCCGAUCCCUACGUAAGAGUGACUUUACUUCCUGACAAGAAGCAUCGCCUCGAAACGAAGAUCAAAAGACGAACCUUGAAUCCAAGAUGGAACGAAACCUUUUACUUCGAAGGUUUUCCAAUUCAAAAGCUGCAGAGCAGAGUCCUCCACCUUCACGUCUUUGACUACGAUCGAUUUUCAAGAGACGACUCCAUAGGGGAAAUGUUCUUACCGCUUUGCCAGGUCGAUCUCUCAGAGAAACCGUCGUUCUGGAAGGCAUUAAAGCCACCAGCUAAAGAUAAAUGUGGCGAACUUUUAUGCUCGCUGUGUUAUCAUCCCAGCAAUUCGACUCUGACGUUGACGUUGCUGAAGGCCAGGAAUCUCAAAGCCAAGGAUAUCAAUGGAAAAUCCGAUCCGUACGUGAAGGUAUGGCUGCAAUUCGGUGACAAACGAAUAGAGAAACGCAAGACGCCGAUUUUCAAGUGCACGCUUAAUCCCAUUUUCAACGAAGGAUUUUCUUUCAAUGUACCAUGGGAGAAAAUCAGGGAGUGCUCCCUUGAUGUCAUGGUUAUGGACUUUGACAACAUUGGUCGAAAUGAACUUAUCGGACGGAUUCAGCUUGCUGGUAAAAACGGCAGUGGUGCGAGCGAAACGAAACAUUGGCAAGAUAUGAUCACAAAACCGAGGCAAACCAUCGUUCAGUGGCAUCGUCUCAAACCUGAGUAAACAGAAAUAUCCAGCAGCGUUCUUCCCCAAAAAUUUCAUUAUUCUUGUUUUUUUUCAAUUUCGAAAUCUGAAUCGCUUUCGCCUGUGAUGUUCUAACGAAUUUUGGGUAUUCAGCGAGACGUAAAUAAUACGAUCAUUGCUCAUUGGGAGUCCUGAAUAAAAGUACCGAGAAUGUAAAAGUAUUCAAAGGAAGUUCGUUCCUUCCAAAUUUCAUUUCUUACCACUACAGUCGGUCUUAUUUCAUUUUCAGUCUAGAUCUCAUUUAUCGAGAGCACAAUAGCAAUGAGAAAGAUUCUCCCAAAUAUCCUAAGCACACAAAAAUUCUUCGUCUAGCCUUAUUAACUUACGACAUUAACCAAUGCGAACAGUGGUCAUUUGUUGAUGGCUAACUGUCAAGAAAAAUUAAUAUCUUAUUUUAAUUACGAAAUAUUUAUUUGCACAGAUCUGAAAUAUAAUGUCAAUAAUACUGCGAGUAAUGGUUAGUGUAAAAUAAUUCCAUAUUAAACACUGAAAUUUUGCUUAGAAUUAUAUUUAUGUACGAUAUGGUGCGUAUUUCAAUAUAAGAAAUACCAACGACAUUACAGUUGAGAUAUUGCUGCAUCGCGAAAUGCAAUUUAAGUUACAGCAUUGCAAUACUUGUUGCGUCAGUGUAUGCUUAGGACUGUCGCGCGUGCGCUUAGACAAAAUGGAAAUUUAAAACUCAUACAUCCAUUACUAUUUUAUUUAUUUGAUUAAACCAUUCCAGCGUGAGCGGCAUUAGAUCGAUAAGAGCUUUUAACCCCACUCUACCUCUUUCCGCUCGAACAAUCUUGCAACUUCCAAGGAUACCAAUGACAACCGACUUUCAAAUAUUGUGGAAAAUUACGAAUGACGAAGUCUCAGUGUCUCGCGUUACCAUGCCCAUAAACGGAAAGCCAAAUUCACGAAAAGAUGAGUUACAAAUUUUUGGGAAAAUGAAACAUCGAAAAUACCAAGGUACUUCGUGCGGAUACCGUUCUCACUCAUGGAGCCACGAGUGGAUGAACUUUCUUUCAGAAAAAAAGAAAAAGAGAACAAACAAGAAAACAAAGAAAUGUCUAAUCUCAUAAAUACAAUGAAUUCAGUGGAAAACAUGAUAAACUUUUCAUUAUCCGCGUGUACCGAGUGUUACGUAACGAAGUUUUCCUUUGAAAAUUCAAAAACGCAUUCGCGUCACCCGUUCCGUAAAUUGUUGCAAAUGGGAGCCUAGAAUCAGACAGUUUCUUAUUGCGAGUUUCCCAACUGGCAGAUAUCCUUCGUUUGAGUAUUAGGCUAAUCUAUCGUCAAUUCGACCGAUUGAUUACAGUCAUUGAUCACGGGCUCCCUAAUCAACCAGCGAUGAUUCCUAGUGUUGCCAAUAUUUUUUUUAUUUCUAUCGAACGAGACGGAACGUUCCGAAGGGACGAAGAGACCGAGCGUAACGAUCGAUUUUUGCCCAUGACGGCCAAAUAUCGAGCUAUCGAUUGAUUAUUGGCCAGUGUUAUCGCGUUCGUCGAAAACCGGAAGGAUAUACGAUGAGAAUAUGUUCUUUUACGUCAACUACGUGUUUUUAAGAUUAGCUGACGAUCGGGAUUUCGACACUGAACUGAUUCGAACGAAUCACUGGCACAUAACACUUGACUAUUAAUAGCAAUCGACAAAGGAAAGAUAUUUUUGACGGAACUUUUGUAUUGAGAAACGAGACAUUUUUUGGGGAAUUUCAAACAAUAAAUUGUGAUCGGUGUACCUUAUUAAAUACACUAACAAUAUUAUUAAUAUUGUACUUGGUAAUCUGCUGUUGUUAACAAUAAGCUACGUUUACCCCCCGUACGAAUUCACAUGCGAAUUCGCGUGGUGUUGUCAGAUGACAUUCACUGUCUUACGACAGUCAUUUCGAAAUUUAUUAUACAGUAGUAAACGAGACUUUGAAUUAAGUAACUACUAAGUUUCGCUAUUUCUUUUGUAUCUCACGAUCUUUUAAAAGUCUAAACAUAGCUGCUCGCGAUCGCGAAUCAUCGAGUCACUAGAUUUUAUCCUUAAAGUUUUUUUCCUUAUGUUUCCACAUAUUAGUGCGAGAACCCACGACAAACAAAAUUGUCCUUUCCUUUCGUGUAUUCUUAUAUCGUUACAUUGAUAUACUGUAUAGACAUUUUGAUAAUUACGUUAUGUACUUGUAUCGAAAACCUGAUUGAAGUCUCCUCACGUAACUGCAGCAGAAUCUCCUAUUGUGUACUAUAUUGCUAAAGUAUACACGAGGAAAAGAUAUACAGUAGCGUUUAGUACUUAAAUUAAAGUAAUUAGUUUACAGUAUAAAAUCCAAGUAUAUUAUAAGUAAAUGGUUAUAUAUAUGUAUAUAUAAAUACAUUUACAUACACAUAUAUAAUAAUAUAUACACGCGUAUAUGUGUAUGAAUUUAUUAAUAUAUAUAUGAAUACAUAUAUAUAUAUAUAUAAAUAGAUAUAUAUUGCAGAAAUAUUGCGUAGCACAAAGGAUUAAAUAAUAUUUGUAUGUUGUAGCCUGUAUAUACACAUAUUAUACAGAUUAUUGCCCGGUUUAUUGAACGCCCGUAAAAAUCAUUAUAUUCACGGAAAGGAAAAGAACUACUAUAGAUUCAUGUAUGGUUCUGGUGAAUGGCGCGAAAUUUGAAAUAACAUCAGGAUCAGUCACGCUGUAACGAAAGUGUUGGGAAGUCUAUCAGUGACCGUGUUACCCGUAUUAAUUUCAAAGAUAAUACCUCGAAAAUUGACACUUCAUAAUUAUCAGUUAAUCGUUAACAUUGAUUUAUUGUAAUUUUAACGUUUGUUGAAGAAACUGGGCCGCACACUGCUUAAGUAUCUAGGAUAAACACGGAAAAAAAUAUAACUCGUUAUAGGUAUAAUUAAUUUGUAUCGUUAAAAACCGUAAGAAAUGUUCGAUGUUAACCAAAGUUGUUGCGCUUUCAUCCAUUGCGCAGGACGAAAAUACGUUCAUUUGAAAAUUUCGAAGGCGGAAAUGACGAACAGAGGAGGAGGCUGCGCGCGUUCCUCUCGUCAGCUGUAUCGCGACAAAUCUGUACAUUUAACAUAUACUACGUACCUACUCAGGACAAAGUACAGUUAAGAAAAAAAGAGUAUGUAACUACUGACUACGCGUAUUUUGCCCAAUGGAAAGUGCAGGCUAAUGAUCCGUCGGUGCUUUUCAGUGUAUUUGUGUAGUUUUUAUUUCGAGCAAUUAAUUAUAUUACGCCACAAAACGUGCGAGACUACUGAGCAGAAUCUAAUAAUUUUAGCGCUGAUAUUUUUACGUGGAUGCGACGUUACUAUUGCAGCAAACAAAGGAUAAAUAUACAAUAUGUAUAAAUGUAUAACUGUAUACGUAACUGUAUGAAAAUAUUUUCGUUCUCUAUUGACGACACGAUCAACUUGUUUCCUAUGCUGGUCGUUUCAGUCAUUUGGAAAAGAGCGCCAAGACGGAAGUGUCUACGAUACACGACACGUGAAUCGAGUCAGUUUAAAAACAGCGAUUAGCUGAUUAGCUUCUCGGAAGUCUUAUUUUGAAGUUUUCAUCAUACAAAAGAGUAGUAUACUAUAUGUAUGUAAUUACGUGACGAAAGCACGCGGUCGAUUCGAAUUGCGAUAUUUUUGCUGCGCAAUGAAAAAUCUAGUGAGAUAUGUAGCUAAUGUCUGUUUCCGAAGUAUAACGUGUAUAAGUUUAAAAAGGGAGAAAAAGCAAGAAGUCUAUAAUAGCAUAUACACAAACACAAUCUCUUACACACAUGCGCACACAGAUACACAGAAGACACAUAAUCAAGCUGUCGAUACAGUAGGAUUGUUUGUAGCCUGAUUAUGUCUACAAGUUUGUAGGAAAAAAAAGAGACGAAAAACAAAAAAUGAACAUGGAGAAACGAUGAAAAAAAAAACUUCUACGCGGAACCUCGAAUAAAUCUUUAUGCUCUGAAGAGAUAAUCACCUUAAUGCUCUCCUUCCAUAAAAGUAUUUUUAUAUGUCGUCAAUUUAAAUUUUACUUACUUCUGAUUAAUCGCAUAAGAACGAACGUGCAUUCUUCAUUAAACGUGGCAGGAAUCGAGAAGGAAAUUGAAGUCAUGGGUACUUACGUGGAACAUUGCUGUAAUAGGCAGAAUUUGACCCAGAAAAAUCAAACUAUUUAAAAAUAAAUGCUUAUCUCGGUGUCUCAGAUAGAUUUCCGAUUGCGAGUCAUUUCUUUUCACUCUUAUCGUAUUCUAUCAGCGUGCAAACCGAUCGAAUAUUCCUUUGAGACGCGCAACGCACAAUUAAACGAAACGAAAUUAAAGGAAAAGCAAAAGAAAUUGUGCAUCAUUCUUUUCAGAGCGUGAAGCCAUUGUCAUACAAUGAAAACGUACCUUGCGAUGGCAUAGUCUGAUCGUUGUCUAGCAAAUUAAACAUGAAUAAAUUAAAAGCUGACAAGCCGAGUUAUCUAGUUUUCAUUAGAUCGAGAUAGUUUUUUGUUAGACAAAAGCUCAAGUAGCUGAAUUGACCUAGUUAUAUGCGUAUACGUAUAUGCGUAUAGAGGGUGUUCGAAAACUGCGCAUCAGAUUAGCAUAACAUUGUUCUUUAUCGCAAACGAAAUCGAAAAGUCCUUCACCAUUUCUUUGUUCAAUAUGUAAUUCAUGAAUUAUAAUCAAUUAAAUUCAACAGAUAAUAAGUACAACUUAUUUGGUGCGUUAGGAAGGAGUCACUCGCGCCACUCACGGACGCACGACUAAUUACAUCACGCUUAUGACUGGCUCAAUUGAAUUAUCAAUAACUCGGUAAUUACGUAUUGGACGGAAAAAUUAUAAAAGACUUUUAGAUUCAGUUUUUUACUAGGAGUAGCGCUACGCUAAUCCUUUGCGCCAUUGUCUGGACACCCUAUUGUAUUACACGCAUCAAUAUGCGUAAUACCGAUUCGUAUGUAUACGUAUGCACAUACGCGUGACGAGCUAAUAUUGGCGAGUGUGUCCCUCAUAAAUGCAUAUCUCCAUCAUUCGCAAAAGCCCAACACAAUGUAUGCUUUAAGAAUAGGACUGAUUGGCAACUAUUAACAUUGAUCGUUAAAGAGGCAUUAAAUUUGGACUGUACUAUUUUAUUAUAAUUAAAUCAUAGUCGUUAAGUUUUUCGAAACAUUUGUGUAAUUGGUCAAUGACUCUGAAUAUAUUUAAAAAAAAAAAUUUAAUUAAUUGACUCGUAAAGUUUCGUUAUGAUCAAUAACUAUGAUUUUAUGAACACUGCACGAACAUAUUGUAUUCAUUGAUCUGCAUAUCUGCAAGGGGGGAACAAUAGUAACGAAAAUUCGUACCACGAAAUUGAUUAAUUAUCUUGGUCCUCUUCUUAGAAACACGCAUGAAUAUCGCCAUAAUCAGUCGUAAUUACGAGAGAAUUGUUAUCUUAUGUCAAGCCAAGUGUCUAUCGUAUAUCAGCAAAGUAUCAUGUACUAGUGUGUUAAAUCAUACAGUCUGCGCCUGAAUAACUCUCUAUUUCUCUUUUAUGUAGUCCCACUUUUUUAUACACAAUCGUGAACAUUAAAUCCUAGUAAAAAAUCUGCUCCGUUGUGUCGGACUCUGUGGAAGAUCUGAAACUGUUUAUUGGAAUACGAGCAUUUUAUAGAAACUUGAACAGCGAGGCAUGGGUUAUUAUGACAAAUGGAAUGGUUGCAAACAAAAGUGAACUGCAAUUAUAUAUAAAUAUAGAUAUUACAUAAUUAGUGUUGGGUUCUUAUAUUAUUAUAUUUAGAGUUCUCGCAUAUACAAGAUAUACAAUGAUUCCAGAUUACCUUUAUUAUGCAAAUGUCUGCUGUAAUAUCAAAAGCAAAAGAGAUGAAAACGUAUGAAUGACAAUAGCAGUAACUAAUCUUAUUUUCUACAUAAAUUAAUUAACAAAAUACGUAGUUCAUUUUUUAAGAAAUGUUUGAUUUUUAAGACUGCCAUAUCAGGUCUUAUGGUAAAUUAAUCAAGUGGCAACUUGAUAUUAUAUUGAUUUAUAAGAUUUAUAAGAUACUACGAUAUGAAAUAGCUGACUUAAAAUGUACAUUUUUGGUUUUAAAUGAAUCAUACGAAUUGUGUCAAAAUGUUCUAUUCUGAAUCUCUAAAAAUGAAUUGAAACAGUAUUAAUUCAUUUAAUUUUCUAUUUUUUAUAUAUAAAAAAGAAAUUCCGGUAAUAACCGUGUGACAAAAGUAAUCCAGAAUCGUCGAAUAUCUCGUGAGUCAAUUGUUUAUCAUAAUAUAAUUCGGAUGUUAUCUUCUUAUUACGAAAAUGUAUUAAAUUUUAUGUAAAGCAUAGCGCAUUAUUAAUUUCGUUCGUCGAAUUAAUAAAAUUUAAUUGAGCAUAUUAUAUAGACAAUUCAGAGAAAGCGCUGAGAAAAGAAAUACCGACACAAAAGUUACACUAUAUGCGAGGCGCAGACUGAUUCUGAAAUUACUGUAGUGCCUGAGAAAUAUUUAUUCUCUGUAUCCAUACUCUGACAGUACAUGUAACGUUGUUGAACGAAGCCCCAUAAAUAGAUAUAAAAAAAAGGAUCCAUUGCAGGAUAUUAAAAGGCAGUACUUAUCUCUUAUGAUUGGAAAUAUCUAUUAUUUAAGUUGGUGAACGGUUGAGGGAUCGGAAAUUCAUAACAGACAUUUUACUAUCUCAUCUUGCAUUCACUGUAAUGUAUCAAUUUAUUAAUCUUUGACAUUUCAAGUAUAAUUAACAGUAUAUUUAUUAAAAGAGUAAAACUAUCCUUAAUGAAAUAUAGACUAUUUUAUUUAUAUCGUUAAUGUUAUAUGUUCGGAUCUAUUUAAUUGCUAUGUAAAGGUAGUAAAAUUUCUGAUCCUGAAAUUUUAAAUCCCUCAUUCGGAAAUACUAAAUACAAAUAAGAUUCAGCCCACUGUACUCGGUCCACUGAAUACAGGCCCAUGGAAAUGUAGCAUAAUAGUGUUAAGGAUCGAAGCAAAAUAAAUUAUUGUAUGAAACGUU